AUGGCUGCUAAAUUUAAUAUCAAGACUAAACAACUUUGGGAUUGGAUAUCCAAAAAAGAUCAACUUUUAAAAGCACAACCAGGUAGAAAAAAAUUAAAUAAAGGUGCAUCUCCUAAGUAUUUGGCUUUAAAAGCUACCUUGGCUGAAUGGAUAAGAGAACAAAGAAAUAAUCAAAAAGCUAUUUCACAAUAUAUGAUACAAGUAAAG